CUGCUUUCUUCAACCUCACCAAAAUUCCGGGGCAUGUCCAACAAACGUGCGCAGUUACCAGAAAAUCCCCUAUCACUACUAUUCACCUGAGUACUUACCCGCAGGCGGGAAACAAUCUUGCAGCUCAUUGCAUCGCCCACUCGCCGCCUCCUCUUCUUCCCCUCUUCUGCCCCUCUUCUUUCUACACUGCAGUUGAAAUCACGACAGCAACAACCUUUCUACCCCCAAAUACGAGGAUUUUCCGGCUGCUACUCGCUUCAACUUCAUAAUUCAUUCGUUGUUUUGCAGGAGAUUUAAAAAGCCAUAAUCGCUCGGAAACUAGAUAUCCUGGACACCCUCUGUCCCUCCCAGAUAUGGAUACGGCUUCUUGAAAUAUUUAGUAGACUCGGGAAUUCUGCGAUCGGGAAAGAAGAAAAUCUUACAUCUGAGGAGCACGGAAAAGAAGAAACCUCAACUCAGAAAACAAGCAAACUCGUCACUCACAAAUCUUUCCAUUUACUCUUGCGAAAAACAUUGUUACUCCAAACAGUCGAAUAUGGCAGAAAAUCCUACAAAGGUUGAAGACCAAUCGGUGGCGUCGUCCGUUGGUGGUGACAAGAACGAUAUCUCCCCUGGAUUCUCACCCCCCAUUCGCACCACAGAUUCUCCAAUUACCGUAUCGCCCCCCCAAUCCAAUUCCCGAGUUCCCCCUUUAAUCGAAGGGGAAGCAAUUGAUCAACAUCCCGCAAUAUCGCAGGGAGAUCUAGUCAUUGCUCAUGAAUUCGAAACGGAGGACAACGAGGUCAGUGAUGAGGAAGAUGACGAAAAAGAAGACGGAUACGUUGAGGUCAAACAUGACGACCUUGUGAGUUGUUUUCGGCAGUCACCACCUACGAAACGAACAGAGCUGGACCAGCUUCAUCCAUUCAUCCAGCUCCUGUCUUUGUCGAAUUUGGAGGAUUGCUUAGCGGUCGAGGCAGCAUUUCCGGAAAAUGAGAGAUGUUCGCUAGAAAAGCUAGCUUACCGUUUGACAACAUGUCCCGAGCUCUCCUUAGGCGCUUUCUACCUGCCGCCAAAGGAACCAAGCAAACCAAAACUCCGGCCCCAGUUAAUCGCCCACAUAAUAGCCACAAGAACCCGAGCGCUCUACGUAACCGACGCCUCCAUGGGAAUCCCUCCAAAUUGGCGAGAUAAAUCAUCAUCUAGAUUACAGAGUUCCAACUGGUCCGAACAACCCGGGCACCAGGACCAAGGUUCCACAAUCGCACUGCACUCUCUCGCUGUCCUGCCAGAACAUCAGGGGAAACGGCUCGGGUCAACGCUGUUGAAGGCAUACGUCCAGCGCAUCAGGGAUGCCGAGAUUGCUAAUCGGAUUGCUCUCCUGUCUCAUGACCACUUGAUACCGUUUUAUACGAGUCUGGGGUUUAAGAAUCGGGGGCUGAGUGAUUGCACUUUUGGUGGUGGAGGUUGGUAUAACAUGGUCUUGGAAUUUGUGAAUGGUAGACGUUUGAGUUAAAAACGAAAGAUGGGGAAUCUUACAAACGCGAAGGAGAGAAAAUGGCGGUUUCUUUCCUCAUUGUUUUCUGCAGAGCACAUAUAUCUGGUUCCUACCGGAUUUACGCUCUGUUUAUAUUGGGGGAAUCAAAGUGGACGUGGCAGCAGCAAGGGUUGGCCCCGUCAUUUAUCCAGUAUCGCUCCAUCACUUGUAUCCUCAAGGCAGAUCAAGUAUUUUGCAUUUCUUUUUUCUCAUUGCUUCCUUUCCCUUUCAUUUUAUUUCUAUCUCCCAUGUUCCUAAACAAUAUAUCUAUCUCUUCUUGUCUUGUUGGGUGGCUGUUGUGUCCGUUUUUUUUUUUUAAAGGGACCUACAAGGGAUGGCGAGGCUGUCUGUCUUUCUUUUCUUUUUAACAUAUUUUACGCCUGGGUCUAAUGGAAUAAAAAGGAGGGAGGUUUCAUUUUCACUUUUAUAUUCUUGUUUUCUUCCUUUGCAUUGUUGUAUCAACAAACUAUACGAUGAGGAAAACCGGGGUGAAGUGGAAUGAAUUUGCGUGGAUAAUUGGUUGAAGUGUGUUUUGCAGCGUUCAUUCCCUAUAUUUCCUUUUGCAUUUUAUUUUAUUUUUAUUUUUAUUUU